CGAACGAAUCGCUUUCAAGUGGAUCAUCCUGGCUCUUCAUCUCCAGAUGCAGCAACAGCAACAGCAGGAGCAGGAGCAGCAUCCCUUCUCGUAUAUCUUCGUUGGCCGCCGCACCUUCUACGUCUUCAGCAGCAUCAAGGACAUCGUGCGGCUGAGGGCCACCUGCACAUGGCUCAGAGAACUCUUCGGAGCGGCGCAGCUGCGAGAUCGGCUUCGCCACUCUGUCGGCUCAGUAAGCCCAGCGAGCAGCAGCAGCACCCCGUGUCAUACCUAUGUGUCGGCCGGAGGAGCCGCUACCUCCUCAGCAUCAAGGACAUCGUGCGGCUGAGGGCCACCUGCACCUGGCUGAGAGAGCUCUUCGGAGCGGCACAGCUGAGAGAUCGGCUCAGCCACUCGCUGGGCUUACAGGCGGGGCUGCGGCGGGUGGUCAACGGGCAGCAAGUGCAGCUGCUGCGGUUCGACGACGACCACUUCGGCACAUAUGAUCUGCUGGCGGCUGUGUGUGUGAUGGAGGAGGGGAGCUGGGUGGAGAUCGGCGAGAUCAUUGAUUGGGCGGGGCAGUGCGGCAACUGUGACCUGCCGGUGACCCUCAUGGCAGAUGACAUCAACACACACGGCGACAAGACGGUAAGACACACACACACAGGGGGUGGGAGAGAACAGAGAGGCCUCAUCCAUUCCCUCUGUGUCUGUCUGUGUGUGUGUGGUCCUGCGUGUAGGCGUAUAGUUCGGUAGCUCGUGUGUUGGCGCAGCUGAUGGUGGUCGGCCGCCACGUUGUUGGCCUGCAGAUCUUCGGCCAUGCCAACGGUGAGGUGCGGGCCAUCGUCAACCCGCCCCUCCCUCCCCACCAUCUGUAUCAGCGGCACCGCAUUCAGCAUGACCCACCAGUGGCCAGCGACCUGUGCGAGUAUGCGUCUCUGUCGUCGUUGGCCAAGUGCAACAUCCUCAGCCUCUUCGCCUGCACUCACCAGCCCAAUCGCACAUUGACUAGACUCUACAGGUAACACAUCAAUGGCAUCAGUGGGUGAGGGUGUGUGUGUUUGAUUGUGUGUGUGUGUGUGUGGUUGGUUCAGGCGUGUUGGUGGCGGCCGUCUGGAUGGCCUCCUCAACCAGUCGCCCCACACACCAGUGGCCGGCUGCACCACCACACUCAGCUGUCACGGCAAUGUGCGGUGGCUGGUGCUCACCAACAGCAGCGACCCCUUCGUCGCAUGGAUUACCAUGACGGAUCGAAACAACCUCAGUCAGGCCGGCAGAUAGACGGCUCUGCUCGUCAAAUGUUAUCACUGUUUUUCUCUUUCUGACUGUCUGCAGUGAGUGUUGCUGUCAUGACGACCGAGGCGCCCGUGGCGUGUGAGAGCAGUGCCUUCAAGGACCGCUUCCCCGUCACCACUCAGCUGGCCCGUGUGACUCUGGGGCGAAUGGCGCCAUACGUCUUCGACGGACAAGUAGACGAUGACAGCGACGAUGACAGCGACGGUGCGGUCAGGGGAGGGAGGGACACACACAUGGUGGCGAUGGAUGGAUGGAUGGAUGGAUGGAUGGCAUUUUGUCUCUGUCUGUCUUUUUGUAUGGUGUAGAUUUCGACGGCCAUGGCGGCGGUUGGGAUGAUAUGGACGACGACAGCAACGGAGAGGGCGGCGGAGGUAUACGGGAAGGUCAAUCCGCAUCACUUAGACGUCUGUGUGUGCCCGGGGAUGGUAGGUGAGGAUGCAUUUGCCGACGAGGGGAAUGGGGACUGAUCAAUCCAACCAGUCCAUCAAUACCGGGACACCACAGGUACACACGCCACAUGGUGCCGCCGAACUUUCUGUCUGUAUGCCAUAUGCGUCUGUGUUUGUCUUGGCAGAGUGUCUAGAUAGCUGUCUGCAGCUGCUGGCUGCCCGAAUCGACUCAUGGCUGUCUGUAACAGAGAGAAGUCGUAUAUCACCUUCUCUGUAGAGAGACCAGCUGACACAUGGAUGACUCAAUGGCUGUGGGUGGGCGACCUGUCUGCCUUGCUCCAUCCAUGUGCACUUCCCUCCCUCCCUCCCUCUCUCCCUCCCUCUCCUCCUCUCUGUGUUGAAACUUAUGUGUCCUGCUGGCUGGCUUCGUGCCUGGCUGGGUUCGAGUGUGUUGUGCUCCACUGCUGGCCGGUUUUGACCUUACGCCUCGGCCUCUGUGUGUGUGUGUGUGUGUGUGUGUGAGGCCUGUCUGCCUGACCCGCUGCCUGGGUGAUUCACAUGGAGUGAGACCUUCUUACAUGGUAUUAACGGCACACAUACCACCCUCCAGGUUUCUCCCACACCAGUUGGCCAACGAGCUGCAUUGGGCUGACUGCCCGGCUGUGUCUGUGUGUGUGAUGGUGUGGAUGGACAGAAAUCAACACAGGUGUACACACUCCAACAUUCCUUGGCUGCCGUGUCCAUCUGUUUUUGCCCCUCCCUCCCUCUCCGUCUGGACGGCUGAGCGGUCGGUGCUUUUGGUGGG